AUGAAAUGCAAAGUCACAGAGGCUUUGGACCUACAAUACAUAACCAAGAAGAACCUAAGCAGCUUGGUAGGCGUGCUACGGCAUGUGACGACAUUCAUCCCCAUCGCAAAACCGUUCAUGCAAAGGCUCAUUCGUGCCCAACACGCCAUGGAGCGUUUUGGCAACCCAGGAACACCGAUGAAUGACAUGCUUCAUGGAGAUCUUGAAUGGUGGAAACAACUCGUAUUCGAAAAUGAGUUUGCGGGGGUACCAAUGUCCAUGUUUGACUCGACGCCACCAGAAUCCGACGGCUGGGUCGUCAUUCAUAACGAAUCGAGUUUCAUCGUCGAGGGCCUGACACCCCGACGAACAUUCAGAACCACAAGGUUUCAGUCGGACAACGGAGCAACAUUGGCACAGUGCCUACUCAGUGUAGUAACUUCGUGGAUUCCGCUGAAUCCCAGUCACACCCGGUGGCAACACGUUCGAGUACCCAGUCGGUCAACGCCAGCUCCGGGAGCUGGCGCUAGCCGAAGCCUGCAGAAGGCUGACGCUAUCAGUUACCAGAGUCCUCGGGCCGAGAUCCGAAACUCGUCCAUGCGAUGUACACAUCCCGACUUACCAAUAUGUUCGUAUGCCUAUGCAGACAGACUCGGUCGGAUUACCGCAGCUACAGAACAGCUUAAGAGAGCAGCCAUCAACAAAUCCUCUCUUCGAACGUACACAAAGAAGUUCAACCACUGGGUUAACUUCUGCGAAGCGUUCGGACUCCCCAUUUGGAUCGACGAACUACCCCAUGAGCGGCAGGCACGAAUCGUCGGUCUGUUUGCUGGACGCUGCGCUCUCGAGGGCCACAACAAAUCAGAAACGAGGGAACAAAUACUAGACAUUCGACAGUAA